CCGGUCAGACUCAUUAAUCCAUAAUUAAUUUCUUUUUAAUAAAAAUAAUCAAUCAAACCGCCAACAUUUCCCGUGGAACCACGUGUUGCAGAAUAACUUAUUAUGAAGAAAUUAUCAGGAAGCAAUCGAAAAUCCCAAUUCGAUUAAUUUUUUUACUCAAACCCAUGAUCUCGCAAUCAUCGAUUCACCUUCAAAUGUAUCGAUUGAAUCAACGAAAUCCACUUGAAUAAUUGAAUUGAUAAAUCAAGUAUUUCAUUGAUUGUAUGACACGGAUUUCAUGAACCAAAAUGAAAUAUUGCAUUUUUUAAUUAGCCGCGAAGAUUGAGGGGAAAAUUAGAAAGACUGUGGGUUAGAUAGUCCAGUAGAAUCGUCCGGAGAUAGAUUAGCUAAUGAAUUCAGCUAAUGGUGUUAUUGACGAGUGCAGGGUGUAACGAAAGUAAGUGGUGGGGUUGUCUCAGUGAGAAAGCUUUGGCUCUUAACAGACUGUCCACAACCGGGAAGCCGCAGUUGGAGACGCGUUGGCCUUCGACAUCGUGGUCAUUCUCACCGGGACUAUCAGCCGGUCAUCGAACCGCUCUGAAUCCUCUAAAAUCCCCCAAUCCAGCCCUCCAAAAAAUGUAAAAACAAUCCAACGUGAAAGAAUUCAUUAAUUUCCUGUUUUUCAUUCGUCAAUUAUCCCAAUUGUCAUUAUCACCUACACAGUUUACUCUGCCAUUAAUUUCGCUGUUGUGUGCACAGCCAAUCGGUUAAUCAAUCGGUCAAACCAGCGAUCAAUUAAUUCAUCGUGUGUGAUUUUCAUUGACAAUAUGAAUCGCGUGAGAUCACUGGGAAUGUUUUUUGUUAUUGCACUUUGUUGGGUGGCGGGUGGUGUUGAGGCUGGAAGCUGUCGCGAAUCGAGUCUCUGCUGCUCUGGCAAGGAUUCCGCGUGUGUCGUGCAAAAAGUUUCGAUAAAUUCAGCGUCACAGGGACUCACGGAUAAGCCAUGUUACUGUGAUCAUGCGUGUCUGAAGUUGGGAGACUGCUGCAGUGAUUUCAAAGAGGCUUGUGGGGUUUUAGACUGCAUUGUCUCAGGAUGGGGUCAAUGGUCAGCUUGCGACAGCGAUUGUGGUCCUGGUGCUCAGUCUCGUUCGAGAAUUGUCGAGCGAGAACCGGAAAAUGGAGGGAAGCAUUGCCCCCAGCUGGUGCAACAUCGCGGAUGUCAAGGAGUUAAAUGCCACAAGCGAAAUCCAAAAAGUGCACUCAAAGAAGUGGCGCUACUUCUGCCAGCAGAGCUGAGUGAGAUGCGUCACAUUAAUGACAGUAAUGACAUCAGAACGAAUCUACGAUUGCGUUACAAAGACAAUUCUGCGUAUGACGCCUCCAAAGAAUACUGUGUGACAUUCACCGUAACCAAGGCAUCAAAAGCAUGUGUCAAAGAAUCCGGACUCUCAGAGCUAUCAGAAGGCUCGAGGGUAUGUGUGCGCUGUCAGACCCAGGCACUACGUCGUGUUCUCGAUUGGCGAUGUGAAGGUGACGGUGGUACCGAGGCAAUGAUUACCAGAUGGAGCAUACUUUCUACACCCCACUGUCACGGAAAAUGGCUUCGUACUAAAAAAACUGGACCCGAGUGUGAUGCCUCAUUGUGUCAGCCCAAGCCGCAUUUCAUCUUCGUCUGAGCCCCAUUACUUCUCUUUUCCGCCCAUUUUUAUUCAGCAGCAACAUUAUAACUACCGUGAGAUGCAGGAGGUUAAUUACUUUCUAAGGAGCAUGCUAAAAAGCAGAACAAAGUGUCCACGUCUAAUUCAAAUUGCCUCUUCCCCGGUGCACAAGUUGAUAAAUCAUUACAAUGGCAUUUUCAUUAAAUUCCUUCAGCGCACUCACAGAGAAAACUUCUUGACAAGAUUAACUCGAUGCAAUAAAAUAUUCUAUUGUCAAUUUUUCCAAUUGUCAUAUGAUCAUAUGAUGGUCAAUUUUGCUUUAGCGCACUGAUCUUGUCGAGUUGAAGUAAUAAAUGCUGUGGUGACGAGACAGUUUGGAUGAUUGAUGAUAGCAGGUAUAUUUGUAAGUUAUUUUAUAAAUUGAGUCCACAUAUCAAAGAAUGUAUUUUUUAGCCAAUAAGCAAUAAAGUCAUACG